GCUCUGGCUCUGGCUGCCACCAUGCCCCUACUGGAAGAAAGCUCCCUGCCCAGAGAACGCUCUCCAACUGUGGUACCAGUUGUCAUUAUCGGUAAUGGGCCCUCAGGUAUCUGCCUGUCCUACAUGCUUAGUGGGUACACGCCUUAUUUAGACACUAAUACGGUUCACCCAAAUCCAAUCUUGUACCGUAAGCUACAGGAGGCCAAGCACAUACCAGUGACUGAACAGAGUCUAGAGUAUUUGUGCGAAGGUCUGGAAGGACGUUCAGGGAACCCGGUGGCGGUCUUGUUUGACACUCUGCUCCAUCCCAAUGCGGACCUGGGUUUCGAGUUUCCCCCAGUGCUGCAGUGGAGACUGGAGAAGGAGCGUCACAUCCCCCAUCUGGUCUUAGGCAAGGCAACGCCUGGUGGUGCCUGGCACGCAAUGGAAGGGUCCAUGUUAACCAUCAGUCUAGGCAUUUGGAUGGAACUUCCAGGGGUCAACUAUAGGCACAUGGCAUUGGGUAAACGCAGGACUGUGACCAAUGAUAGGGCUACUCCAGAGGAGAUCUCCUCUUACUAUAGAAACUAUGUUAAGAUCAUGGGCCUCCAGAAGAACUUUCUGGACAACACCUAUGUGACCUCCAUUCGGAGACUUCAUCGCGACCAUGACCACAAUGCCAGAAAGGGGAAUGGGGUUGAAAAUGGAAUUGAGAGUGGUCAGCUGAACGGAUCAGGAAAACAUUACAACCACUGUGAGAACGGGAUCGGGAAUGGUCAAAAGAGGAAGGAGAACGGGUUCAGUAAUGGGAAGCUGGAAAAUGGCUUGCAGAAUGGUACUGGAGGUGAUAAGAUGGAGGGACAUGAGGAUGACGGUCAGGAGGGCUCUGAGGGAGAGAAAGGAGAAAGUGGCAUUUCCCAUGGAUCCAUGCAAGGACUGUGGGAAGUCAGAGGUUACCAGUGUCUCCAUGGUGACACCCAUGUCCCUUUCAGCCUUUUCGCUGAGAAUGUGGUCUUGGCAACUGGCGCCUCAGAUUCACCAGAUCGGUUAGGCGUAGAAGGAGAAGAUCUCCCCUUUGUGUUCCACAGUGUACGAGACUUGGGUGUGGCUGUCAGUCACCAUGGCAGUCUGGGCCCUGCCUCUGACCCGGUGCUGGUGGUGGGGGCGGGUCUUAGCGCAGCUGACGCUGUGCUGUGUGCCUGUAACCACGGUGUGUCCGUGCUGCACGCAUUCCGCAAGCGAGCUGAUGACCCUGGUCUGAUCUUCAAACAGCUGCCCAAGACCCUCUACCCAGAAUACCACAGAGUCUAUCACAUGAUGUGCUCUCAGGCCUACCCAGCAUCCCCUGUUUCCCAACCCAGCACUAAUUCCACAGCUCCUUGUACAUCCACUGGGCUGUACCCAGACUACACCAGCUUUCCGGAACACUGCGUGCUCUCCUUCCAGCCUGACAUGCGCUGUGUGCUUCGAGGGCCCAACGGUACUUUGAGGGUCUUUAAAGUCUCUAUGGUGCUAGUUCUGAUUGGAAGUCAUCCAGACCUGUUCUUCCUUAAAGAACAUGGCCAGUACUUGGGUAUGGACCCCACUAGGCCCAUCUCCUGCAAGCAAAACCCUGUGGACAUAAACCCCUACACCUUUGAGUGCACAGCUGAGCCAGGUCUCUUUGCCAUGGGUCCUUUGGUGGGCGACAAUUUUGUACGCUUCCUGAAGGGCGGAGCUCUAGGCAUCACCAGUUGCCUGCUCAAGAGACUGAAACAGCAGAUGAAAAAGGAGAAACUAAUCCCAGAUGGAGAAGAUGGAAGAGGGGGAAGAGGAGGUAGGGUAGGAGGCGGAGGGUUCGUUUGA